CUACAGAGAGAGACAGAGAGACAGAGAGCACCAUAGAUGGUAAAGCUGUGAUGUAAAGUCUCUUCUUUGUGGUUUGAUUUCAGUGUUUCAGAUAUAAAAUGGUUCAGUUGCUUCUGUCUGAACCAAGCUGGAGCGAUGGUGGAGAUGAAGACUCUAUCAAGCUUAGAAUUUCUCUCUUAAAUAAGUUGGAAUCAAUUAUCUGUUCAUUGAUUUCAUCAAGAGCUCGGUCUGAGGCUCGAGUAUGGCUUUGCAAUGCUAUGGCGGGCAUAAGCUCUAUCAUGCCCCGCCAUCAGCGUGACUUAUUUGUUGACCUAUUUAGGUCUAAGCCAUGGAAGCGUGGCCUAGCUGCUCAACUGUGGCGGAUGAUUUUUGAGAAGAUGCCACACAAAGCAGGGAAAAUUAUAGCCAAGAAAAGUUAUAUGCUUGAGAAUUUCUUUAAAGGAAAUCCAACGCGUAUAAUGCAUUGGUUUUCUAAUUUUUCGACUGGUGGUGGAUUGGAGACUAGAAAAGGUGCUAAGGCAUUAUCCCAAUUUGCCUUUGUGAAUCGGGACAUUUGUUGGGAGGAACUUGAAUGGCAAGGAAAACAUGGGCAAUCACCUGCAAUGGUUGCAACAAAGCCGCAUUACUUUCUUGAUUUGGAUGUCCAGAGGACAGUGGAAAAUUUCCUUGAAUAUGUGCCUGAAUUUUGGUCCUCCGAUGAGUUUGCUGAGUCACUUAAAGAUGGCGAGAUUUUGUCUAUUGAUAGAAAGUUCUUUGUAGAUGUUUUUGUUGAUCUGAUGUAUAAAGAGGAUUCAAAAAGUGUGUGGGAAGCAAUAGACGAGUUCCUAAUGGAGGAAUCUUUCUCUUCUCUCUGUCAACACCUUCUUAUUGUUAUUGAAGAGCCAGACUUCUGCCUUUUCCUGGAAUUGAUUCAUAAAUAUAUCAACCCGAAAAUGGAACAUAAGGAUUUUGGACGUUCAUCCUGUUGGCUUGAGAUUAUACUUUCUAAGUGCAGUCAUUUUGAGUCUAUUGAUCACAUACUUCUGUUAAAUGCUGUUAUUAAUCAAGGACGCCAGCUCCUACGGCUUGUACAUGAUGAAGAUACACAAGAGGAACAAGCAAAAAUAAAGGAUGUUGUGUUGCAAAUUCGCACAAUCUCAAGCAAUGCCAAUGGCUUGGCCCCAAUCUUGAAAUGCUUCAAGACAAAGACCACAGAAGUCAUAAAAUGGUUGGGUCUUCAGUCUUGGGUUCUCCAUUAUAGAUUGUCAGAGGAAUGCUUGACACCUGAGUCUUGGGAAUCUUUAUUCCUAAAUAAUGGAAUAAGUUUUCACAAAUCGGAUAAAUAUGCAUUGCUACAUGAUGAUGGAUUUGCAGAAGAAAAUGGGUCAGAUUUGGAUGAUAGGACCUCAAUCAGAGCUAGACGCAAGAAGAAAGAAAAAAGUAGAAAGAAAAGGAGAAAAAACUUUGACCAUGAUGACAUCUACAAGAAUGAGCUGUUGGAUUUUGGUACAUCCAGUGAUAGGCUGGGUUUGAGAUCUCAUACUGGAAGUUGGUUACUCAGUACUGAUGGGUACUCUACUUCAUGGAGCAGUGUGGAUUUACCAGAACACCUAUCUAAGCAUUGCUUUUCUACAUGGAUGAGUUGGAUAUUUUCCAAGGCUAGCUCUGUGGCUUAGAUCUCUUGACAUGGUUUUGUGAUCUAAACUCUCAAUGGUAUGCAGCAGUGGUCUGGUUUCACCUUUGGAGAGGGUCGUCGGUGCUCGUGGAGAUCCUCAAAGGCUUUAACAUUAAGUACAUUCAUUUGGAGGAAUAAAAAAAGUAUGCCUUUCUAUUAAGGAAGUCUUCAGAUUGCUGUGUAUAAUCUCACUGAUGACUUUGGAGGUAUUGUGGACGGUGUGGUACUUGUCAAAUGGCUGAUGCUCAUUAAGAUUCCAUGGCUUCAAUCCAGAUGCAGUGAUCAGUUUUUCCCAUUCCCAUUUAUGUGUCAUGCAGUGCUUAGUUCUUUCAUCUUAACAAGAAUGCUUGAAGUGGCUGUGUCUUGGGCUUUAAAGUGGCCAAAUAUGCAGCUGAGAAUUUUCAACCCUCUCUUUGGUGGGGUGGUUGGGAGGUUGCUUUGUUUAGGACAAUGUAAUGGUAGAUGGAAGUCUCCAUUGGCGAGACUCAAAAUAUAAUCAGCAGAAGAUGGAGCAAUUGAGCAUCCAGAUUCCAGACUUAUUAUGAAGCUUGACGGGGGGAGCAUCUUGCAGGAAGCUAUGCCUGAGCCGGUGAUGAACUUCUAUGGUAGUUGGGGUACCUGUAUUCAUUGUGUUCAAGUUUUGGUACUCCUUCCUUGUUGGGCAAGCUUAUUUGAGGAUGAAUUUUGAUCUUAUAAAUUUGUGAACAUCAUUAUGGGCACUAUUAUUGAUCAACCAUAACUCCUCCCAAGUGGGAAAACCAUUUACAAAAUUUGAAGUGAAUAGAAACCUGUUUUCAAUUAUUUCACCUUA